AUGGCGACGACGCGAGGGAUUCUCGUCACCGAGGGCGCGCGCGGGCGAGCGAACGGGACGACGGCGUCGGCGUCGGCGUCGGCGUCGGCGUCGGUGUCGGCGGCGGAUGAGGAUGGGAUCAAAAAGAUUGGUGACGACGCGAGUCGGUGUUACGCCACGAUCGCGACGUCGACGUCGUCCUCGCUGCGUUGGUUCAGAGCGCGAACCGAUCUCGCGCGGUUCGCGAUGUUCCCGGGAAGACCGCGCGAUGUGAUCGGAAAUCGCACGUCGUCGUACGAUUGGAUGGGCGGCGGCUUGGGGGAGGACGCGCGCGAUCCCGUGGACGCGUCGGUUGUGUACAGGAAGACGCUGGUCGGGUUAGAGGUGUGCGAUCGUCGAACGCACGUGUCGUGCGGGAUGCCUUACGCGAUCGGGGACGGGCAAACGAGUUCGGGUUUGCGGACGUGCGCGAUGCGAAUCAUGCGGUCGCGCGAGACGAAGAGCGGCGACGAGCAGUGCGCGGCUGAUUUCUUCGUAAUUUACCUGCACGGGAACGCGUGCGACGUUGGGGACUGCGCGGAGGAGGCCAUGAAACUCGCGAUCGGGUUGAGCUCGCACGUGAUCGUGCCGGAGUAUCCCGGCUACGGCGUCGCGGACGGGAUUUCGCACGAGGAGAGCGUGAACACCAUCGUUAAGGCGACAGUCAAGUAUUGCGUCAAGUAUCUCCUCGCUCCGCAAAGUCGGAUGAUCAUCUUCGGUAGAUCGAUCGGAACUGGUCCUGCGACGUGGCUGGCACGUUUGAUGUGCGUGCAGAACGGCGCUCCCGCCGGUCUCGUGCUUCAGAGUCCGUUCACGUCGAUUCGGGACUUGGCGGCGAGGUACAUUGGAGUCGGGCGCUACGCCAUCGGCGAUGGCUGGAACAUUAUGGAGAAUCUCGCCGAGGUGGAGUGCCCCGUGCUGCUAUUACACGGCGAUCAGGACGAGAUCAUUCCGUACGAGCACUCGAACAAGCUUGUUGACACCAUGCACGUCGUAAACGCCGAUCGGGUGCCGUGCAAGCCGCCAUCGAUAAGUAUGUUCACGCAACAGGGCGCGGAUCACAACAACUACGAAGUCAAGGCGCACAUAGUGAUGCCAUGCAUGAAAUGGAUACGAACGAAGGUGAUACCACACGCGCUGGAAAAUUUGAGGAAAAACAAAACAGCGAUCAACAAAGAAGAGGGAGAGCAGAAAUGGCUGAACCCGAUGCACUGUCGACUCGUUGCCAAGCCACACAUGCUGGUACACGAGCGACCGCCAUCGCCACCGUUAUCAGCGAAGGGAUCCGCAUCCGCCGGUGUGUAA